GUAAUACAACAAAAAUCAACCGAAUCUAUCAGCCUAAACAAAUCAACGGUCACGAUUUCAUCAUGAAAACUAAUCGGACGGCCCAAACACACUCACAGAUACAGUACUCUUUGAGCUGUUUCUAUGGAAUCUCCAAACUAUAUACAUACAAACUUCAAUUGCAUAGCGCAGAGCUCGAGUGAGUGUGUGAAAAUGGCGUCGCUUUCAUCUCCAUCGGAGAAGGGAGCUGAGAACGGAAAACCAGCGGCGCAGAAGGUGAAGAAGGAGGGAUUGGGGUGGAUUGAGUGGCUGAUGGGGUGGUUCUACCUCGCCUACGAGAUGCUGUUUCAGAGAAUCGUCGCCAGCAACGUUCCGAAUCCAAUGCCCCUGCCGCCGAUUAAUGAUCUCACUUUCAUCGUCACCGGCUCCACCUCCGGCAUCGGCAAGGAAAUCGCCAGGCAAUUGGCGGAAGCAGGGGGGCAUGUUGUGAUGGCAGUAAGAAAUACAAAGGCUGCUAAUGAAUUGAUAAAGAGGUGGCAGGAGAAUUGGUCCGGGAAGGGUCUUCCUCUUAAUAUCGAGGUUAUGGAACUCGAUCUUCUCUCUCUAGAGUCUGUUGCGAGAUUUGCUGAAGCUUGGAAUGCACGUUCAGGACCUCUACAUGCUCUCAUCAACAAUGCUGGGAUAUUUUCCAUUGGAGAACCACAAAAAUUUUCAAGGGACGGCUAUGAAGAACAUAUGCAAGUGAACCAUCUAGCCCCAGCACUGCUAUCAGUUUUGCUUUUGCCCUCUCUUAUUAGAAGCUCGCCCAGCCGCAUUGUCAAUGUGAAUUCUGUUAUGCAUAACUUAGGAUUUGUUGAUCCAGAAGACAUGAAUGUUACAUCUGGUAAAAGAAAAUUUACAAGUAUGGUUGGGUAUUCGAGCAGUAAGCUAGCACAGAUCAUGUUCAGCAGUGUCCUUAACAAGAGACUGCCAAGUGAAGCAGGCAUUAAUAUAGCAUGUGUUUCGCCAGGAAUAGUCCACACAAAUGUCGCUAGGGAUCUUCCGAAGAUUGUUCAAGCCGGUUACCAAUUAAUUCCAUAUUUCAUCUUCAGCCCUGAAGAAGGCUCUAGAAGCACUCUUUUUGCAGCCACCGAUCCCCAACUUGUGGACUAUACCGAGUCGCUGAAAUCAGAAGAUUGGCCCGUGUGCGCCUUCAUCAACCACGACUGCCGGCCUGCAAACCCGUCGGAGGAGGCACACAACGUCGAAACAGCAUCUAGAGUGUGGGAGAAGACACUGGAGCUGAUUGGGCUACCAUCAGAUGCAGUGGAGAGGCUUAUAGAAGGAGAAGAAGUUAAAUGCAGAUACUGGCCCUCUGAGUAGAGAAGUAAUCAUCAUUUUUAAUGAUCAAGAUUCAACUUUUGCCUUAAUAUUUUUCACACGUUAACUGAUGCUGAAUUAAAAGAAGGGAUUUAUCUUUUUGCUGUAUCUUCUGGGCUUCAAUCUUGGAUGUAUGUGUAAGUUAACAAUUUAGCAGAGUGUUGAAUUACUUCUUGUAGAA